UUGUCAACUUCUCGGUGAGCCAAACCAUGGUAAAAACACGUGCAAUUACAUUUUACGAACGUAUAAAUUAAUGAGAAUACCGUUCUUAAUUACUACUGUUUGUACAAAAUGACUCAAUUGCAGUUCAAACUUUAUAUUUUACAACUAGUAAUCAUUUGUGCAGUGGCAAAAAAUAAUGUGUGUAAGAAUUGGUCUGAUUAUUGGAAGGAUGACAUGGAUUCGAACGAAAAUUGCACGUAUAAUCCAGAUAUGUACUUGAAUACUCCCGAGCUACUCGAGAAAUAUUUUGGGGAGUAUGACGUGCAUGAAAUACCAACAGAUGACGGAUAUUUCGUAACCACCUUCAGGAUUCCAAGGGAUAAUUCUAAGGGUGCUAUAUUGUUUCGACACCCUGCCAUCACAGACUCGAUAUGUUGGAUCGGCUUUGGUAGAGAAUCGAUUGGUUACUAUUUCUGGAAAAAUGGAUAUGAAAUUUGGCUGACCAACACAAGAGGAACCGAUUUCUCCACAAAACACGUUAACCUUACCAUUGACGACUACUCAUUUUGGAAUUUUAGUUUCCACGAUAUCGCAAUAUACGACCUGAGAGCUUCACUAAACUACAUCUACAAGUUCAACAACAACAGCAAACCUGCCCUGAUUGCUCAAUCUAUGGGAUCCACAGAAGCUUUGAUAUACGCUUCUCUGUUCCCGGAAGAAGCCAAGAAACUAUGCGAAGUUUUUGUCCUACAUGGACCUCCCAGCAGCUUCCAAUACUCAUCAGUGAAGUUUUUGGGAUUUUUUCGACCUUACCUUAAAGAAUACACAGAGAGAGAAAAAAUUGGUGAUAUAAUGCGGAGAACCAGUACAAUAUCCCGCAUUGUAAACAAUCUUUGUGGAUCUAAGCCGGAUCUGUGUACAACGCUCUACAGUAUGUUCGGAGCUGGUUGGGCUCCAGGAGAACAAGACCCUCUGUUAAUUCCGAUAAUUACCUCGCAGAAUCCAAGAUCUUUAUCCAUAAAGUCUGUACUGCACUACUGCCAAUUUUUCAUUGAUGGAAAAUUCAACAUGUACGAUUAUGGAGAAAAGAAUAUGGAAGUGUAUGGAAGAUUUACUCCUCCAGAAUAUCCAGUUGGUGAGAUAUUGGCUCCUAUUUAUCUUGUACAUAGCCGAGAAGAUGAAUUCGCUCCCUUGAAGGACACAGAAAGACUGUACUCCAAAAUGUCUAAUAGUGCUAAAAUUUAUGGAAAAUUGUUAGUGACAGGAAUGAAUCAUGUGGACACAUUCAUUGGAUUACAUAGGAAUGAAAAAGUCCAUAACAAAGUAUUAUAUCUACUAAAUAAAAUAUUUGCGAAAUAUUCAAAUUUUUCAUUCCAUCCAAAUCGACUCGCAUUAAUGAAAACAAUUUUCUAA